AUGACAACCUCAAAGGUAUUGCCCUUGAGUUUAGGUUUUCUAGCAUUGGCAAGUGAAACUGUCAUGCUUACCUUUAACAUCAUCUUUUCAGUCACCAUUUCGAAACAUCAUACGCCAAACAAAGCAAGCGUAUUAUCUUACGUCGCGUCUGGUCUUGGAGCUGUCACAGAAGCAUUACUUGUGCUACUGGUUAUCAGACAAAUCAGGUACCAAAACCACAUUCAAGACCGUGGAAAUGGACGGCUACGAAUAUAUCUUUUUGCCGGACUCACCUCCAUAUUUACUAUAUUAUCGGCGAUAGCCACAGCACUAUCAUUGUGCUUUAUGAGACAGGACUUGUCUUUGCUUCCAACGAAGAUUCUCUCCUCCCAAGCGCAAUCGAUGACGGUGGGCGGAUUCAUCAUCUGGGCGAUAUCCUUGGCUUCACAAGCUAUAUUUCUCAUUUGUUUAGUGGUCAUUCAAAGGAAAGACUUUCAUCAACAGAUUCAACCAUAUAUCACCGAAUCAGAAAGACACACCUCGUCAGAAAUGCAGCAACGAUCACAACCUCAAAGCAUGCAUGAAGGAUACGAUUAUGAGAGAAACAGCUCAUUAGAAAAGACUCAAUGGUCAAUUGGUAGCAGAUCCCGCUCGGGAUCAGAUCCAAAGCGAUCGAUAGGCUCGAUUAGAUCGUCAAUUUCUAAUGUUGUACGCCCAAUCACUUCGAAGACUCGACUUAUCCAUUCCAAAAGUCAAUGCAGUAAUAAUUUUCGAGCACCUUCUAUUGAUUCGGCUCAGCGCGAAACAAUUGUAUCCAUCGAGGACGACUUUGAUUCAUGGAAUACAUCCGGUGUAGAUGCACAAUCUAGACAAGUUAUCGAAUCAGCUUCACCUAGCCCUCCAAGAUUUCUCGAAACAAUUCCUGCUAGUCCGACUGGCAGUAGAAGUCCUAGUCCAGGUUUCCCGUUAGAUCUUGAACCACCAAGGCCAGCAAGAAAUGGAAGUUACAGUCCAGCCGGGAGUAUCAGGAGUGGAAAGUCUGUCUAUCGAGCGAGGACAGGGGCGAUGAGUCCUGACAAUACAAAUGAAGAAAACAUUCAUCCUUUAUUUAGAUCCGACUCUCCUAGUCCAGCACCAGCGGCAACCGCCGAAACAAUGAUAACGGCUGCUCCGGGCGCUGGAUCAAUUACCUUAUCAGAUGUUCACAGUAUUCGUUCAAUAAAUCGAUUAAGAAGCGAAAGUCUACCUCCACUCAUGCAUAAUGCCAGUCUGGAUAGCAUCCGACGAGCAAUCGAGGAGGAGGACAUGGAAAUAUCCCUAGAAGUUGAAGGCGAACGUAGCCUAACACCACCCAUACCGGAAUGGAUAUUAGGAGCUGGACCACGAUCCAGCAUGUCCGAGUACAAUCGCAAAAAAGGCACAUCUCUGAACAAGAUAUGA